UUGCAGGAGUAUACGAUAACCAAUAAGCACUUAACUUUUACUAAGUAACUCUAAUGUAUUAUAAUUUAUAAUUUAUAAUUCAAUGAUUGGUCGUUGAAGCGAUACAUCGGUCACGCGUUGAUACGAACUUUAAUCAAUUUAAUGACAGUAGUGUUAAAAUAUUGAAAAAUAAUAUGGAUGAAAUCAAAAACAACAAAGUUUCUUUUAACAUAGUCCCCAUUACAGAUAAUGAUAAACAAAUUAUCCAGAAUUCGUUAAGACAGUAUUUUCUCCACGAUGAACCUUUAAGUGCAAGCUUAGGAUUAAUAAAAGAAAAAGAAUCAUUAUUAGAAUUUGAAAAUUCUUGCACUCGUUUAAUAAAAUAUGGAGUAUCGUUUAUGGCAAUAUCUGUAGAGACAGGUGAAAUGAUGGGUGCCGCGUUGAAUAGCACAGUGUGCAGGAGUAACGAAAUAAAACAAUACGGUGACGAGAACAAAAGUUCGAAAUAUAAUGAUAUUUUGGUUAUCUUAGACAAAGCUGGACGAGAAACUGAUGUAUUUGGGCAGUAUCCAAACAUAGAUCGUAUGAUGGAGUUAAAGAUUAUUACAGUUAAUGAGGAAUAUAGAAGACUUGGGAUUUGCAAAGCCCUCAUCAAAAAGUCCAAAGAGUUGGCAUUGGAGUUAGGGUAUCAAAUUAUGUACGUGGAAUGCUCCAGUCAUUUUACUGCAAAAGCUGUUGAAAGAUUUGGAUUUCAAUGCAUAUAUUCGUUGUCUUAUUCGGAUUACGUGAACAAGCAGGGUGAAGUGGUGUUCAAGACACAGCCUCCUCAUACAAUUUUAAAAAUCUAUGUGUUACUUCUCUAAUAUAAUCAAUAUUUAUUAACCUUUCAUAAUUCAUAACAAGUUAAUGAAAUACAUAAUUUUUUUUUUAAUGCCGACGAA